AUGGCAGGAUAUCAACAAGAUACUGUGAAUGGGCCUAGCGAAGAACCGGUCGCAAUCAAUGACUCACAUGAGAUUGAUGAUCUAAAAGCGAAUGAUGGGAACAGUGAAGUUGUAGACAUCAACAAGGAUAACUCGCCAAAUGAGAAUGGAACAGACGUUGACCAUAAUAACGGGUCAGAAAAAGAUGUGAAACCAAAUGGGGAGGACAAGUUUGAUGAAACCUUUCACAAUCAUCAAUUGGAACCAAAAGAUAACCUAUCAGAAGAUAACAAUGUUGAUGUAACCAUUACACAGUCAACCCCAGUGGCUACUGCAGCAAGCAGCCCUCUUGUCAGUCAGUCUCCCGCAAACACCAAUCAUAGACGACAGACCUCAGUAUUGUCAUUUGUAUCAAGCGCAACGGUGGACAAUUCUCAGAUCUUCAAAAAGAGCUUUGAUUCGAUAUUGGAGUCCAAGGAAGUUAAAAAGAAUGAGCAAUUUAAAGCUACAAUACAGCGGGCAGUUGAUUAUUUGAAUAGUUCAGAAGAGAAAGAGCCAUACAUCAUCUUCAAUGCAUUGAAAGCGUGUUGUGAUUCCAAUAGUGUCGAGUUAAAGUCCAAAGCCGUUGAUUUAUUUGCCAAGCUAUUUGAUUAUGCUCAAUUUGAUGACGCUUCAGAGAAAAAGAAGCUCACCGAUGAUUCGGUUAAUGUCAUAUCGUCUUGUUUUGAGGGCGAAGGAACAGAUCCCGAGUUGGAGUUGCAAGUGGUUCGUGCAUUGAUGCACUCAAUACUCUUGAUGCCGUGUCACGGGGCGUCAUUGUUGCAAGCAGUCAGACAAAUUUACAAUGUGUUUAUUUUUUCGUUGACUUCUAGAAACCAGGCCAUUGCUCAAGGUAUCUUAACUCAAGUGAUUGGAGCAAUUUUUUCGAGGGUUGAAGAAUCAAGAAAGUCUCGAAGCCAAAGCACAAAUGCAUCGAAGUUGAAUUUUGACUCUGUUGAGAAUGUAAAUCUUCCGGAUGGUGGUGAAGAAGAGAGGUUGACGUUGUCUCAAUUAGAAAGAAUCAACGAUUCUAUGAAUGAUAAUGACAGAGUAAAUGAAGCAAGCAGUGCCACCGAGGAUGAUCAGGAUUUGGAAGUGAAGGACGCAUUUUUGGUAUUUAGAGCUAUGUGCAAGCUUUCAAUCAAAACCUUGGACUCCACUACUAUUGACAUGAAAUCUCACUCAGUAAGAUCGAAACUUUUGUCACUACACAUUAUCCACACCAUUUUAAAAGAGCAUAUUGAAAUUUUUUUAAGUCACGAUGUGGUAAUAUUGUCACCAACUGCCAACGAGAAAGUGCGCUUGGUAAAUGCUGUCAGACAAUACAUCAAUCUCACAUUGUCCAAAAACGCUGCAUCCGACUUGGCACCUGUAUUCGAGCUCUCAUUGGAAAUUUUUUGGAUCAUCAUUUGCAACUUGCGAUCUGAAUUCAAAAGAGAGAUUCCCGUUUUCUGGGAUGAAAUUUAUUUCCCGGUAGCUGAAAUGAAGACUUCUAGUCCCCAUCAAAAGCGGUAUUUAUUGGCAAUCAUUGAAAGAAUUUGCAACGAUUCUAGGUGCAUCAUUGAAUUUUACCUUAAUUACGAUUGUGACAGCAACAUGCCCAACAUGUGCGAAAGGAUCAUUGAUUAUUUGACCAAACUUUCGUUACAACGCGUUGAAGUUACCCCUCAACAAAAGUAUGCUUUUAGGGAGAAUAGAAGGAGUGGUAUAGCGGUGUAUGACGCAGGUAAAGUGGCCGCUUUAACAAGCAGUACAAUGUCAUCCAAGCCACCAGAGCCAACUAUUUAUGCUUUGUUCCCCUUGGAGUAUGCUUUGAAGAUGACAUCCAUCAGCUGCUCUGUUGCGUUUUUACGCUCCUUGCAUUCAUGGGCCCAAAAGGGAAUACUGAAUUCCAAGAAGAUGCAAAGUUUGGACCAAAGUAGCGAUUCGUAUUUGUCAUUGAAUCGUAACCGCUCCGAUUCAAAUAACACAUCAUCGAACGUCACCAGAAAUACUUCUUUUGUCAACGGCGAUGAGCUCCAUAAAACUGAGUCAGACAAAAUUGAACAAUUUGAGAAUCAAAAGCAGAGAAAGAAGGCGCUUCUUGAAGGAAUAAAACAAUUUAACCAAAAGGCUAAAAAGGGAGUAAAAUACUUCAUAGAAAAGGGGUUUAUCAAGUCAGACUCUCCUGAAGACAUUGCAAAGUUCCUUUUGGAUACAGAUGGGCUCGACAAGGCUAGUAUUGGUGAAUAUCUCGGUGAAGGUGACGAAAAAAACAUUUCCAUCAUGCAUGCGUUUGUUGAUCAGAUGGAUUUCGAAAACGUCGAGUUUGUUGAUGCAAUGAGGUUAUUCUUGCAAGCUUUCAGAUUACCUGGUGAAGCUCAAAAGAUUGAUCGGUUCUUGUUAAAAUUUGCUGAACGUUAUGUCAAGGGAAACCCUCGCAUUUUUGCAAAUGCUGAUACAGCGUAUAUUUUGGGAUACUCGGUGAUUAUGCUUAACACUGAUCUACACUCGCCUCAGGUCAAGAACAGAAUGAACAUUGAUAACUUUGUAAUGAACAACUCCGGUAUUGACGAUGGAAAAGAUUUACCAAGGGAGUUGUUGCAAAGGAUAUAUGACGAAAUUUUAAAUAAUGAGAUCAAGCUACAAUCAGAGCAACAUGCGGCCCUCAUUGCCGGCGACAUUCAAAUUGCACCUUCGUCUCAAUCUAUAGGGUUCUUUGGUGGUCGUGACCUAGCUCGCGAAGCUUAUAUGUUUGCCUCGAAGGAAAUGUCAACAAAGACCGAAAAGUUAAUGAAAAGUCUUGGAAAGAGGGCAAAAGUUGAUGAUCAAGAUGUUAUGUUUUACGCGGCUACUAGUGUUUUGCAUGUCAAGUCCAUUUUUGAUACAUUGUGGAUGUCAAUACUAGCAGGAUUGACCCCGCCAUUCAAAGAAUAUGACGAUGAUGUGGUGACCAAAGCAUGUUUGGAAGGUAUCAAGUUGUCAAUUCGUAUUGCUUGUAUGUUUGAUUUGGACUACGCAAGAGCAUCAUUUAUUGGGGCAUUGGUUCAAUUUCAAAACUUGAGCAACUUUGAGGAGAUGAAACCAAAGAAUGUUGACGCUAUAUAUAUCAUGUUGGAUUUGGCAGUGUCAGAGGGUGAUCACUUGGGGGCAGCGUGGAACCAAAUUUUGACAUCCAUUUCACAAAUUGAGCGGUUACAGUUGAUUGCCCAGGGAAUAGACCAAGAUUCCAUACCUGAUGUCACUACCUCAAAACUCAUUUCCAAAGGAUCAACUGAGAGCGUAAGAACAAGCACGAGCUUCUUUAGCUCGUUUGCUUCGCAAACCCCAGCGCAAUCAGCUGCGAAUAAGUUUCAUAAUCAGCAUUUAUCCCCCGAAGUGGCAACAUUGUUGGUGAAGACGGAUUUGGAAGUUGCAAUUGACAAGGUUUUUACAAAUAGUGCCAAUUUGAAUGGAGGCAGUAUUGUUGAUUUUGUCAAGGCAUUAUCAGAAGUUGCCAAGGGAGAGAUUGAUUCAUCGGGACAAAGUGCAAAUCCAAGAACGUUUUCUUUGCAAAAGUUUGUUGACAUUUGUUAUUACAACAUGAAUAGAAUUCGUUUGGAAUGGUCGCAACUUUGGGCCACUAUGGGCGAAACAUUUAAUGCAUUAGGGUGUCACUCUAACCCUUCAAUCCUGUUUUUUGCAUUGGACUCGUUGAGACAGCUUUCAAUGAGAUUUUUUGAAAUUGAAGAAUUAGCGAAUUUCAAAUUUCAAAGGCAGUUUCUUAAACCAUUUGAGUAUGUGAUUAUACACAAUAGGUCGCUAGAAGUUAAGGAUAUGGUACUUGAAUGUAUUAAUAACAUGAUACUAGCGAGAGCUUCUCAAAUAAAAUCAGGGUGGAAGACGAUAUUUAAUGUUUUAACAGCUGCUGCAACGGAGAACAAAGAGACGCUAGUGAUGAAGAGCUACAAAAUGGCCAUUUGGAUUAACAAGGAGUAUGUGGAAGAAGUUAAAAAGCAGGAUUCAUUUUCAGACUUGGUUGUUUGUUUCACCACUUUAACCAAAAAUGAAAAGUACCAGCGUAUUAGUUUGUUGUCUUUGGAUGUUUUGUCAAAAUUGAUUCAUCAAAUUGCUCAAUAUAGUUUAUUUGACAAUGAUGGCGAUUAUGCCGACCAUCCUGAUCGUGCCGAGUCAUUGCAAAAGCUUUGGUUCCCAGUUUUAUUUGGCUUUUAUGAUGUCAUAAUGACUGGCCAGGAGUUGGAGGUUAGGUCGAGGGCGUUGAAUAGUUUGUUUGAUUUGAUUAUGAAGUAUGGAAAGUAUUUUGAUCAAGAGUUUUGGAAUUUGAUAAGUCGCGAGUUAUUAUUCCCCAUGUUUCAAGUUUUAGGAAAUCACUGGGAGUUAAGUUUGGACGAGUUGAAUGAUAACUUAUCCGUUUGGUUGUCUACAACUUUGAUUCAAGCUUUAAAAAGCAUGAUCACAUUGUUUACAAACUAUUUUGGAGAGUUGAGUCAUAUGUUGAAUGAAUAUUUGAAGUUGAUCAUUUCGUGCAUCUGUCAAGAAAAUGACACCAUUGCAAGAAUAGGACGAGAAUGUCUCACGACAUUGUUGAUUGACAAUUCAACUAAGUUUACUUUAUCACAAUGGAAUGAAAUUGCGGAAGCUUUUGCAAGCUUAUUUGAGCUCACCACAGCCAAAGAGUUAUUCACAUUGGACCCAUUAUAUGAAGGCAACACUGACAACCUUUCAAUCACAGGGAAUGGUGUAGAGGAUUCUGAGUUGAAAAAGGAGUUACUUGAUGAUAACGAAAUGAGAUUGAAAAAGUCUAGAGAAAAGUCGUCGAUAGUUGUCAAGAGUGUUUUGCAAUUGUUAUUGAUUCAAACGUUGUCGGAAUUGUUUGAGAAUGAUUCGUUUUACGAUAGCAUUCCUAUUGAUCAAUUGAUGAAGUUGGCUGACUAUUUGAAUGGAUCUUAUCAAUUUGCAAAAUCUUUCAAUGAUGAUUAUGAUUUGAGAGUCCGGUUAUGGAAUGCAGGUGUUAUUGAACGUUUGCCAAAUCUUUUGAAGCAAGAAUCGUCAUCAUCCGCAGUGUACAUCAAUAUAAUGUUUCGCUUAUAUUGUGAUGAUGAAAAGGCAUCACCUGGGGCCAAGAAGACAAUAUUGACGAAAUUGCAUGCUUUGUGUGUUUCCAUUGUCGAAAGAUAUUUGAAAUUUGAUGAAACAAAUCAACAAAGAAACAUUAGCACUUGGAAGCCGGUUAUAAUUGAGAUUUACGAGGGUUAUGUUGAAUUGGAUGACGAAGAUUUUAAGCAGUAUGCUCCAGCAAUGUACAAGUUGAUUUUAGAAUUGAUGACCAAAAAUCUUUCGAGUGAUAUGAGGGUUGCCCUUCGAGCCUUUUUAGCUAGAGUCGGAGUUGAUUUUGUCAACAUUGAGGUUGCUCUGGCUUAG